AAAUGGGCCGCAUAAGCACGUGCAAAUGUGGUGCGCUGAAAACUCGCUAUAGGCGCUCUGAGCAAAAGAAAAACGAGUGCCCUUGUAUUGCCAUACCAACCUUAAACGACCUUGAAACGUAACCGCGAACAUCUGCACUUCACGGAAACUAAUCUACUGAUCCGAUAGUAUCGUUUCAGGGGAUACGGUUGCCUGCCAUCUGACAAGUUGACGUUUUAGCAGUGCACAUCAAGGAUCGACAUUUUAGUUCAGCUACGAUACUACGCUGGUAAAGCUAGUGUUUGCUUUUCAAAAGAAAAUAUGUCGUCGUUGCACUUAGAAAAAAAGGCGAUGUACGGACAUCAAAGACAAGGAUCCGAUUCUGCAGCAUUUAAGGAACUAACAAAGAGAGAUGCUCAAGUUCAGUUAGCAGUUGAACUUGAAAAACUUAUUCGAACAUGUUCAGAAGCAACCCAUGAAAGAAUCGAAAGAGAAUUUGCUGGAUUCCGUCGUUUAUUUGUUAGAUUUCUCUUGGAUCCAACUUCAUCUGUUCAGUGGGAAAAAAUUGAAAAACUUCCUGAUGGAUCAGUGGGUGACUAUGAAACGCUACCAACUCCUCCACUCACUCAAAUACGAGGAAUGUUGGAUAAACUUGUUGUAAUUAAGCUCAAUGGUGGACUUGGAACAUCAAUGGGCUGUCAAGGUCCUAAAUCAGUUAUUUCUGUGCGGAAUGAUCUUACAUUCCUUGAUUUGACUGUCCAACAAAUUGAGAGUUUGAACAAGACAUAUAAUGCAAAUGUUCCAUUGGUCUUGAUGAACUCGUUCAACACAGAUGAGGAAACUCAACUCGUCAUUCAGAAAUACACAAAAUUUGAAAUCCAAAUCCAUACUUUUAAUCAAAGUAAUUAUCCGCGAAUCAACAAGGAAUCUCUAAUGCCCAUAGCAAGAUCUUGUAACACUUCAGCAGACAUGGAAGCUUGGUAUCCGCCUGGUCACGGUGAUUUUUACGAAUCAUUUUACAAUUCUGGUCUUUUGGAAGAGUUUAUCAAACAGGGACGAGAAUACUGCUUCAUCUCGAAUAUCGACAACUUGGGCGCAACUGUAGAUUUAAACAUUCUCAACAUGUUGUUAAACCCAGGGGAAAAUUCCAGCAAGCCCAAGGAAUUCCUGAUGGAGGUUACCGAUAAAACACGAGCUGACGUGAAGGGUGGUACCUUGAUUCAGUACGAAAAUAAGCUACGCUUGUUGGAAAUCGCUCAAGUCCCUAAAGAGAAAGUGGAAGAUUUCAAGUCAGUCAAGACAUUUAAGUUCUUCAAUACUAACAAUUUGUGGGUGAAAUUGCCUUCUAUCAAACGAAUUAUCGAGAAUGGCACAUUAGAUAUGGAAGUUAUAGUCAAUCCCAAAACGUUAGAUAACGGAAUGAACGUUAUCCAACUAGAAACUGCUGUUGGUGCUGCCAUGAAGUGUUUUGAGGGAUCGAUAGGGUUGAAUGUACCUCGUAGCCGUUUCUUGCCUGUGAAAAAGACUUCCGAUUUGCUUUUAGUAAUGAGCAACCUGUACAAUUUGAAGAAUGGAAGCCUUUCGAUGAGCGCGCUAAGGAGUUUUCCAUCAACACCGCUCAUCAAGUUGGGAGAAAACCAUUUUGCCAAGGUCCGUGAAUUUCUGAAGCGGUUUGCCACAAUUCCUGAUUUACUAGAAUUGGAUCACUUAACUGUUUCGGGUGAUGUUACUUUCGGACGCCAUGUCUCUCUGAAGGGGACGGUUAUUAUCAUUGCUAAUCACGGAGACCGUAUCGAUAUUCCUUCAGGAGCAAUUUUGGAAAAUAAAAUUGUCUCGGGUAACUUGCGCAUAUUGGAUCAUUAAGUCUAACUAAUGAAUGUUUUGAGAGUUGUUGUUAUAGUUGAGUAUACGGUUGUUGUAAUUAGAUAGUCUUUGCUAGGAUUGCAAACGCAGCAAGAGUUUUGCUUAUCUGGUAAAAGGAAUAUAUUCAUUAAAGUUAUUAAACAUU